AUGGAGUCGCGUAGGCAUCUGGCUAGGCAUCUGGCUCAGGCCUUACCGGAUGUAUUAGCUGUCUUUCCAGGUUUUGAGAAUGAGGAGGUAUAUUAUGCUGGUAGGAGGAGAAGGGUUGACACUCAGGUAGAGAAAGAAAUCAUUCAAAUGAUGGAGCGUGCCGGUUUGCCCGAGGUACAAGACGAUGCAGGUGAUUUACACGGCCUUAGCCAGGCUACAGUCAGUCGCAUUUGCAUUAGAGUAGCGAUGGCUCUUGCAAAACAUGCCGCAACUGUGAUUAAAAUGCCAGAAUCAUUAAUAGAAGAGGUAGCAAAUAUGAAAAGCUUCAAACGCAUAAAAAUUUUUCCAAAUGUGAUUGCUGCAAUUGAUUGCACACACAUAAAAAUUAAAAAAGUGGUAUGUGAUGCAAAUUUAAAAAUUUGCAAUGUAGUCGCAAGAUGGAGAGGUAGUACGCACGACUGCCGGAUUUUCGAUGAAUCAAUUCUUAAAGAACAAUUAGAGGCAGGAAAAUUCAAAGGGCGCUUGGUUGGCGAUUCAGGAUACAAACUUCAACCAUACCUAUUCACUCCAAUACUGAAACCACAAAACGCAAAAGAAGAACGAUACAAUGCUGCACACUAG